GCACAAAUCUGACUUGCCUGCAGAGAUGAGCAGUGGGAAUAAGCGCCUUGCUGUUAAUCUUGUACGCUUGGGGGAAGAAUCUGGAAAUUUGGAGGAAAAACCCUUUAAAGAUAAAUCUAACCAUGUGAAUGACAUAGACCAACAGAAAAGCAGGUCCAGUGUCUCUGUUACCAGUACACGGAGCAGUUCAACUAAAAUAACUUCAGGGAGAAGUCUAAGGAAGAAGAAUCUUCAGUCAGACCCCCUGGAGGAGGAAACAGAGUUAUCCUUGAAGACGGACUUCACAGCAAAUCUCAGAGCCAACUUGAAUGUUAACCCUAAAGUUGUAGAAGAGGAACAAUCCACAGAGGAGUCUGAUAGUGAGGAACAGUCAGAUGAGGAGCACAUGGAACUCUCUGCAUACGAGCGUGAAAGACUGAAAAAUAUAAAGGCGAAUGCAAAGUUUCUAAAAUCCAUAAAACUGCUCGAGUCUGCAGUAAGCCUUCAUCCACCCAAGAAAAAGAAUCAGAGCCGUAUUGUCAAAAGAGAGAAGCCUCAGAACACAGGGAAUACAGUUGUUCGCCGUUCCAUGAGGCUGCAGAACGUAGCUCCUUCUCAAGUUAAAAUAGAAGAGCAAACUCCAACCGUGGAAGAGGAUGUGCGGCGUAUAAAACCUCCGGGUCCCAUUGAAAUGAUUCCUAUAAACCAACAGGAUGACGAUAAAGAAAUGGACCAUUUCCUGACAAUGUGGACUUCCAUUAGCCAGCAUGGAGAGCUGAAGCUGCUUGCUCUGGCUCUGCCCAGCUAUGAAAACAGUCUGAAAAAAAUGACACUGAGAACAGAGGAUGUUGCGAAAGUUGUCUUUGGUCGAAUAUUGUCUGUAGCCAUCCAUCCCUCUGAAAGCCGGACACUUGUGGCAUCUGGAGAUAAAUAUGGUAACAUUGGACUCUGGAAUUUGGAAGACAAUUCAGCUGAAAAGGAGAUUUAUAUCUUUGAACUCCAUUCACGGCAUGUCAGCAGCCUGUCGUUUUGUCCAUGGAGUCCUGCACAUUUGCUGUCACUCAGCUAUGAUGGCACAGUGCGCUGCGGAGAUGUCACUCGCUCGGUCUUCGAUGAGAUUUAUCGUGAUGAGGAAGAAAACUUCUCUUCGUUCGAUUUCUAUUCAGCUGAUGGUUCUGUCCUGAUAGUCAGUCACUGGGAUUCUAAGCUAUCACUGGUGGAUCGCAGGACCCCUGGAACGAGCUAUGAAGUGCGAGCACCUUUAGAUUUAUCAAGCCCCCGCUCUGUUAGUGUGCAUCCAUUGCAGAGAGAUGUGUGCGUUGUAGCAGGAGCUGGAGACGUAUGUGUUUAUGACAUCAGACAACUCUCACAUAGGAAGCCUCGCCCUGUGGUUUCCUUACCUGGGCACACAAGAAUCGUGCAGUCUGCAUACUUUUCCCCAGUCACAGGCAAUCGUAUCCUCACUACCUGCGCUGAUGAUCGCUUACGAGUAUUUGAUAGCAGCAGCCUGGGCUCCACAGUUCCACUUCUCACUUCAAUCAGGCAUAAUAACUUCACAGGCCGCUGGUUAAGCCGCUUCCAAGCAGUAUGGGACCCUAAGCAAGAGGAUUGUUUUGUGAUCGGCAGCAUGGAGAGACCUCGGCAGAUUCAGGUUUUCCAUGAGGACGGGAACCUCGUACAUGUUUUGUGGGAUGCUGAAAACCUGAACUCUGUGUGUUCCAUCAAUGCUAUACACCCCACCAGAAAUAUAGUAGUGGGUGGGAACAGCAGUGGGAGGCUACAUGUGUUCCGGAACAAAUCUAGCUAAUACAGAAAGCUCUUUGUUAUCAGACUGAAAAGCGGUGAUCC